AUGUCAGGUAUUCUGUGCGGCAUCAGAUUCCCUCAGAAGAUUCCCAACCUCGACUUGACCAUCUACGACAAGAACGAUGAAGUUGGCGGAGUAUGGUACGAGAACAGAAGAUAUCCUGGUGUUACUUGCGACGUGCCUUCGCAUUGCUUUCAGUACACUUUCGCCAACAAUCCACACUGGACGAAAUUCUUUUCUCCCGGGGAAGAAAUUGGCAACUAUUUCCGCACGGUUGCCGAGAAGUACGAUGUCAAGAAGUACAUCCGUUUCGGACAUCUCUUCAAAUCAGCUCGCUGGCUGGAAGGCAAGGCACAGUGGGAGAUCAAAGUCGUCCGGCUAGUUGACAACCUGGAGUUCACCGACCACUGCGACGUGUUCGUCAAAGCUACUGGUAAUUUGAACAAAUGGGCAUGGCCUAAGCUGCCCGGUCUGGAGAAGUUCCAGGGCGACCUAAUCCACCCGCAGAACUGGAAGGACUCUUUCGAUCCAACAGACAAAAGAGUUGCAGUGAUUGGAUAUGGAGCAACCGCUGUGCAACUGGUUCCUGCCAUCCUUCCCAAAGUCAAGUACAUGGACCACUAUGUCCGAGGUCAAGCUUGGAUUUCGCCAGCCGGCUACGUGGCCGCCGAUGCGAGAAAGGCCAACAACCCAGACCUUCACAACUUCGACCACCCGGUGGAAGAAAGAGAACAAUUUGCCAGAAAUCCAGAAGCAUACCUGCGGUAUCGGCAUCAGGUCGAAGACUUUGUCAACCAAGCCCAGUUGAUCCACUGGGUUGGCUCCGAGAUGAACAAGACCUUUUCAGCUGCCACCGAGGAGUCGAUGGCCCGAAGGCUAGCCAAGAAACCCGAGAUUUUCGAGGCCUUGAGGCCGAAAUAUCCUGUGGCCUGCCGUCGGGUCUCCCCUGGACCGAAAUACUUGGAAUGUCUGGUGGAGGACAAACUCAACUUCAUUCCCAAAGGGGUCCGACGAGUAACGGAAACAGGACUCGAAGACGACGAUGGCGUUCUGCGUGAAGUCGAUGCCAUCAUCUGUGCUACUGGGUUUGAUACGUCACUGAAAAUGGAUGAUCAACCUAUCUACGGCCGAAACGGUGUUUCACUCGAUGACUUGUGGGACGACGAGCCUGGUGCAUACAUGUCCAUCUGCCCACCGCAGAUGCCCAACCUUUUCCUCUUUGUUGGUCCGAACGGCGCCCCUGGAGCCGGAUCCACCAUCCACAUGAGCGAGUGUGCGUGCGACUACAUGGUGAAAUGUAUUCAGAAGCUGCGAAAGGAAAACCUUCGCUGGAUGAUGGCCAAGUAA